GACCUCCCUACCAAGACCCUAAAGUCUAACUAUUUCACAACUGUUUAUAUAUUUAAAUUAAAAACAAGAGAGCGAGAAAUCACAAAUACCACAUUGGCUCUGAGAAGAAUAGCUAAAAGGUGGACCUGGAAACUAUUGGAAUCAACUGGAGAAAACUAUGAUGCCAUUAGUGAUUUUGCCGUUAAUCAUUACCUUAUUAACUGGGACAGGAGCUUCUACAGUAAAGAAGAAACGUCAUGAGAAUUAUGAAGAAAAUAUUCAGGGACAUGGUGAAGUUUCUUCAGCAAAUGUCGAUUUUGCUUUCAGUCUCUAUAAGGAAGUUGCUAACCGGAGCUCCUCAAAUAUCCUCCUCUCACCUUUGAGCAUUUCCACGGCUUUAGCCAUGCUGUCUCUGGGAACCAGGUCGGCAACUCAAAAACAGCUUUUAAAGGUACUUCACUUUAAAAAUAUAACACAGGAACGAAUAAUACAAAUGAGCAGAGGAUACCAGCAACUCCUACAGGCCCUGACUGCAGAAAACAGAGAGAUGCAGUUGCUUAUAGGAAACUCUCUUCAUAUUCAAAAGGGAUUUGAUGUAUUACCAAGGUUUAUAAAUGAAACCAAGAAGUUUUACAAUGCAGAAGUCUUUACCUUAGAUUUUAAGGAUGAUCCUCAGAAUGCCAGACAACAAUUGAAUGAUUACCUUAAAAAGAAGACAAAGGGGAAAAUUAAAGAGAUGUUUUCCACAAUUAACCCUUCAACUAAACUAUUGCUUAUUAACUACAUCUUUUUUAAAGGAAAAUGGAAGGAACCAUUUGAUACAGCGCAUACUCAAGAAGCAAUUUUUAAUGUAAAUAAAACCACAAAGGUAAAGAUUCAACUGAUGUUCCAGGAGAGUCAGUUAAAUAAGAUAAACGACUAUGAACUUUCCAGCAUUGUAAUCAAACUUCCUUAUUUUGGAAAUGCGUCCAUGAUUGCCAUCCUGCCAGCAGAAGCACAACUAGAAUAUGUGGAACAAAAUCUUUCCAGAGAAAAAUUUGAAGAGUGGCGUCAAAAAUUGUCUAACAACAAGGAACGCCAAAGGAUCUUCUUUCCAAAACUAUCAUUGUCAGAGUUGUAUGAAUUGGAACAUACUCUCACGGAAAUGGGUAUAAGAGAUUUAUUUACACCCAAUGCCAAUCUGCUUGGAAUAAGUGAAAAUGAAAAUAUGAGAGUUUCAAAGGUUACUCAUAAGGCAGCGCUGGACAUCGAUGAAAAGGCCACUGAAGCAGCUGCAGUCACUGACGUAAAAAUUGUUCCAUUGUCCUCUCAUUCUUCAAUCAGGUUCAAUAGACCAUUCCUCCUCAUCAUCUAUGAAGAGAAUACAAACAACAUCCUCUUUCUUGGAAGAAUAAAAGAUCCAUCAAAGAAACGCUCUCCUUGAAUCUAACAUGUAUCUAGAAUAAUUCAGGCUAUUCUUCAAUUUUAGAGCUUAAAAUGAUAAAUCUAAUAAUCUUGAUAAUUAUUUCAUCAUUAAUUUCAUAAAUUGGUGAGAAUACACAGGCGAUCUACCAAUAGCUGUAAAAACACAUUAAUUUGUCACAACAGCAGAAGUAACUACAUUGAAUGAGAAUGAUUCUACACCACACUUCCUGGCCAUAUGUAUAAGAACGUUAAGCCAAACAGAAAAGAAAACUAAAAGUUAAGCAAAUAUUUCAAUAGAGAACAUUGGGAAGAAGUGAUACAAGCAACUCAUAGUGAAAGCAAGAUUUGAGUUUUGGGAAAAAAAACUGAUGGUUUUCAAGAUCCAAAAUACAUUCAAAAAUCCAAGAUACAUACAGAAAUAUAUUAAAAAUUAAACUGGUCUAAUGAGCCUAUUCUGCACAACAUCUUCUGUGAAGUGAUACUCUCUGUCCGAAACAUACAAAGUCAGAAGGGUAUAACAAAGGUAGAAGCUAGCAAGUUCUUUGAGGAUAAUGUGCAACAUAAAAUACAGGACAAUGGAGAAUACGGGAAGAAAGUUAUAAAUCCCUGCAUGUGCCGAAAUUGGUCCAAAAAAUGCUGAUAAUACAGAUUACGCUUAUUAAUUUUAGACAAGGUGGUUCUUCUCUUCUAACGUAAUUAGAGCUCCUGAUCUUAAGAGAUCAAGUCAAACUUGCUCUCCCAGAAUGCACAAUCCUGCAUCAGUGUAGUGAAGAAUUCUAAGGCAUCCAUCUGUAAUUAAUGUUCCGAUUAGAAAACAGCAAAAUAUCCAGGAAAACAUAUCCUGUUUAUUUGUAGAUUUCUUUAUUUUCAUAUUUUUUGUUGACAAAUCAGCUGAAAUUAAGUAAUUAUCACUUCAAAUAAAAACAAAUGUUCAUAUAAAUUCAGGAAAGAUCUGUUGACAGUAAUUAAUAAAAAAUAGAUUAGUGUGUCUCUAUACCUGUUCCCUGUAGAAUUAGUUUUCUAAUAGCAUAACAUAUUAUAGACAUCUAUCAUAGAUGAGGUUUCGUCCAACAUUUCAUAGUUACCAGCCACUGGGACUAUUUUGUCAGUAAAUGAUAUCAGUAAACUAUAGUAAGCUGUCAUAAAUAGUAAAUUAGUAGUCUUUAUUCAUGUUGACUUAUAACUUUUUUGAUGAAUUCUAAAUAAUUUAAUCUCUCUGCUCUUAAACUAUAUAUACAAAAUGAUUAAAAGUGAGCCAAGCACAUACUUUCAUAAGCUUCAAUAUGCUGCAAACCUCUUCACAGUAAGUGAAACAAUGCAGAACAUCCUGCAACUGUCCAGACUGCUGCCUCGAUUUUCAUGAAUUUUUAACCCACUGUCUGCUAAUAUGUACUUAAUAUGUCAGUAAUAUUUGAAUAAUAUUGUGAAUAUGUUGUUUGAUUAAGCAUUCUUUGUUUAUUUACAUAAUUCUUUGUGAGUUAUAGGUAAAAUUAUGUAAAUUUCAUACGUCACGAUUCUACCACAUCAUAAGUGUGUGCCUCACCAAAGUAAGAACGAAGUAGACACAUUA